ACUGCCCUCCCCGGCCCCUAAUACCGAGUCCGAUGCUAUUGUGUGGUGCCUAUCGCACAAUAAAACAGUAAGAGGAUUACCGUGCGCAAGCUUUUGCAACUUGCAGGUCGCGCUGACUUAGUGAGGCUGACCAAUUCUCUGUGCGUCGUGCACGCGCAGCCACUUGAACACGCACGGAGGUGGAAGACCGGCGGCUCUCUCGUCUCCGAACCCACCGCCUCAUUAAACACUAAUCUGCAGAGGCUCGGGCGGCACGCAUUUACUACUCCACUCACUACAAGAAAAAGACGCGUUGCUGGCGCGCCAAGGGUGCGGAGGAAUAGUGGAACGGCCACUCGGCAAAGCAAUGGACCCGAACCAAAGCUGUUGAAUGACGCCAGUGUAUUGCGCUCCACUAUCUGAAGACGAGGAUCACGGUAGAGUUGAGCAGCGGAGCGUCAGAGGAAGAAGCCAGCGCGAUGGCGUGCAGCUACGGUGACAGCCGCUUGUUGACCUGGCAGGUCCUUCUCACCAUCUCCAUGGUUCUGAUCCCCCUGUCCGCUCACGGGAGGCAUUCGAUGACCAGGCGUCAUCAUCACCGUAACCAGUCAUCCAUCAACCGGGAAGCCUUGAAUGCCAGAAUGGUGCUAAGUGAUGACUCAGCAGAGAGAGACCACCUGAUAGAAGCGGGGCACCCCGCUUUUUCCAAACAUCACCACUCCCAUAAACAGGUCCAUCCAGAUCCGGAUCCCGUGGGGGAGGAGCUGACUGCAGGAGGAGCAGGACCGGAUCAGCCCGGGAACCCCCUGUCUGAUGACAUUAUCACCGUGGAGUUCCACCGUCCAACGCCGGAGAUUGUACCAUCGGAUCUUGAUCUUAAUGGAGCCAAAAUUCCAAAACCCCAAAAGCAAAAAGGAAGCAGCCCCACAGCUUGGACGCUCUCUGACUUUUACGACUACCUGUCGCCUGAUGACGAUCUCUCGGCAUCCGCCCCCACCCAAGAGCCGGAGCCCUCCCCUUCACCCCCGGCCGACAUGGAGGAUGAGAAUCCCCUCUUGGCUGGUGCUCCUGUCAAUGUGAAGCCUGCAAUGGCGAACAAGCCAACUCCACCUGCCCAGCCCAAGCCAGAGCCGGACAAUAGUGAGGACAUGAGCUUUGGUGGCGCCGUGGGGAACGACGGGUGCAGGCUGGGCUUCGUGCGCUCUGGUCCCGGGAUGUGUCUAUCUCAGUGUGACGUUGAACCCAAUUUCUGCUUCAACGAAGGAGUGUGCACUGUUGUGGCAGGAGUGGGAGCUUUCUGCAGGUGCAAUGUGCAGGACUACAUCUGGAACAAAGGCACGCGCUGUGACUGGGCCAUCACCGAGUUCCAGGUGAUGAGUACGGUGGUGGGCGUGGUCUCUGUAGCGUUCCUCCUUCUCUUCAUGAUCAUCGUGUUCUUCGCCAAGAGGCUGCACCGCCUCAAGAACGAGAACAAGCGCCUUCACAAACGCAGUAAGUACCGUCCACAGAGCACCGAGCCACAGACGGACGGCCUCUCGGUUUCCACCACCGCUGACGGCUCGCAGCCAAACGUAAGGAAAUUGUGCGACUCUCCUCCGCCCGUGCCCCAAGCUCACACUCACAACCUGGCGUACUAUGACAACAUUAUCUGUCAGAGGCCAUCACCAACCACCUUUACCUGGGAAUUUAAACCCAGAAACUCUUAUAACCACUACCAGGUAAGCGGAGCGGAAUAUCCACAUUGGUUGCCAUAUCCCCCUCCACCCCGACCCGGCUUCGCUUUGUCCUAUCCAGAUAUUAAAUGCCACAUUUUGACACUCCGUGCAAACCUUCCGGCCCACAACAAUGUCUUGCAUCGAUCUUGUUGUUGCUGGAGGUAGCUACAGUACUUUAAUAUCCUAUUGAAUCGUGGAAUGAUUAAUCACCUGCUGCUAGGCUCUCUGCAAUCAAUUGUUCAGCACAAAUACACUGUAAGGUCCCUCACCCGCUGUAGCUGAACGCCUUUGCAGCUUCCAAGCUGUUUUGUUUUACCAAAUUCCCUGCUAUGGCUUGUGCAUGUAUUGCUUCCCUAAGCUACAUUUUGUAUUGGAAUGUUUGCGCGUACUGGAAAGUAGAAAUGUAUGGUUGUAGAUCAACACAUGUAUCCCACUGGAUGCCACACACACACACACACAUGCACAAUAUAAUAACGAAUAAUAAGGUAAUGUAACGUAACGUAACGUAACAUAACGUAAUGUAACCCUACGAACAAAGGGGCAGUUUAUGAGCCCUUAAUGUGAACUCACUAUUUGGCAAUUAGGAAGUCAGUCUUGCUUUAAUCUAAUAUUAUCCAAUGAUUUAUGGCAUUUUAUUGUUUUAAGUAUUGAAAAAAUAUAUUAAGUGGUACCAAAAAUGUAACUAUAAUGACUUCCUCAAAAUGACAUUUUUGUCCCAAGCACUGUUAUGAAAAUAGAACUUGGGCCUGCACACAAAAAUCUGCCAAAACAUUAUAGCCAUUAAUCCAACACUGUAGCCUGGUGGGAUACAGAUGUGCGCCUUCGUCGUGCUUUAGUUUAGUUGAACAUCGCAGGGAUCAACAGAUGUCAACAUGCUUAAAACUUUUGGAUGUGAUAAUGCGUGAUGGGAGAGGACAUUUAGAAAGUAGUGUCCGGCCGCUGCGUGUGCGACCAAUCGAUGGUGGCCCACUUAGCGCCUGCUGUGACUGUGACCUUCAGCUGUCUGUGACAUGGCGAUCAAUGAACGACCUCAACGAGCUGACACAUGCAGAUGCACACGGCCUCUAAUUUCCACUCACUGUCGUCACAUGAGCACAACUUAAGAGUAUACUGAGCAACAUAACCUUGUAGGUUACAUUUAAAGAGAAUAACCAUAUUAGGCUGAUAUAUGACAAUAUAACAUAACCUUAUGGUAAACUAAAUGUUAUGUUAUAUAUCAUGAAAUAAAUAAUACAAAUGGAGAGGGGGCAGGAAAAUGGUGAGAGAAAGUGUAAAAAAAUGCAGAAGUUCACUAUUAUAAUUGUUAUUAAAAGGUCUGUACGGUCAUCUUUCUACCAUCACAAUGCUAAAACAAUAUUGCAUUGAUGACAAAAUGACCUCUUUACAAAAAUAAUAAUGCUUAGUUUUCAGUGACAUGUCAGAGAGGUACCGUAUAAUAGCACAUUGUUCCUAUUGUAGCUAAAAAAAACAAAUACUUUGAAAACAUUGAAAAGCCCUGUGAAGAUACAUUGCAUUAAAAAAGAAAAAAGCUAACCAAAAGUACAUACAGUAGAUACAGUACACCCCUGGGUACCAAGCAUUGCAACCCUGCAAACUACUGUGCCACUACAAACGACAACAUUAUUUCACACUAUACAUAUUUACAUUACACUGUGUGUAAAGGCAAAUUUCCUUUAUUGGAUCUCAUUAGCUUGUGCAGCUGUACCUAAUGUGCGUAAGCUAUUAAACAGAUAUGAACUUUCUGCCUAUUGCACAAACUGCAUAUAGAGUGGAUGGAAAAAAAAAAACAGUCGACACACUCCUGCUAAAUUGCCAAGUUUUUCUGAGAUAAAAGCAAAUAGACCAAAAUAAAUCGAAACUUUCAAAACGUUUUCCACCAUAAUGUGACCUACAACCUGUACAGCGCAACUGAAAAAAAGAAGUAAAAAUAUA